ACUUAUUUUAAGUUUCUGCCAACACCAAACACUGCACCCAACAAACACAACCUGGUUACCGAAAUAAAAUGGAGGUCAACUGCCAACCCUCCAAUACAGACUUCUGCCAGAAAGCAGUGCAGCUAUUGCUAGUUCCGUGGCAGGCCUCACCAGUUAAGAUCGAGAAUGAUCGUGAUGUUAGACGACGUCGUAACGACUUAUCCCCGGAGACAUGGACUGGAAUGUGUAAGAAUAUCAUCCCUUACUGGAUUCUGCUUUCUUUCCUUCUUAUAGUUUCAGUGGUUAAUUCGGUAUACUCCAACAUCACCGGCUCAUAGAUUGUGACUAGACUAUGACUGGAUCCCGACUGGACCACGACGCCGUGGACACGGCGGAUACUAUCAGUACUAUUGAUGAAGGGCAUCAUGAAGUGGGAGAGCCAGGGAACCAAAUGCAUGACAAAGU